AUGUCGCCAAAUCUGAAGACGCCGUUGUCAAGGCAGAGGAUGACACCCCUGCCACUCCACCAGAGGAGGAGGAGUUGGAGGCGAAUUCUCACGUUUGGAAACGCGUCCGACUAUACUAUGCAAGGAAUUGCAGUUGUCGCUGCCAUUGCCUCAGGCGCUGGUAUUGCUCUCCAGAACCUCAUUCUGGGCAAGUUCAUCACCACCAUCACCGAUUUUACUGCUGGAGACUCUGAGCCUGCCGAGUUCAGGAGCGAUGCCGCUGAUCUAGCCCUGUACUUUGUCUAUCUUGGCAUUGGCCGAUUCGUGCUCUCCUACAUCUGGAACACCCUUCUCACUUACACCUCCUAUCGCGUUGUCCGAAACAUUCGUUACGAGUAUUUGCGCGCUGCUCUUCGUCAAGAGGUCGCGUACUAUGACUUUGGCACCGGUGGCUCUAUUGCUACCCAGGCCACGUCAAACGGUCGCUUGAUCCAGGGAGGCAUUGCUGAAAAGUUGGGUCUCACGUUCCAGGGCCUUUCAGCAUUCAUCACCGCAUUCAUCCUCGCCUUUGUCGUCCAGUGGAAGCUUACUCUCAUCUGCCUGUGCAUCGCCCCGGCCACCAUCAUUGUCAUGACUGUUGUCGCGACUAUCGAGGCUGGUCACGAAGUCAAGAUUCUCGAGAUCAACGGCCAAGCCAACUCACUGGCUGAGGGUAUCCUGGCUAGCGUUCGCACCGUCCACGCCUUUGAGAUGCGCGAGAGGCUCGUUGCCAAGUUUGAUAAGCAUCUCGAGGAAGCCCACACAGUCGGCAAGAAGAUUUCUCUCUACAUGGGUCUCAUGUUCUCUGGCGACUACACCAUCAUCUACCUCGGAUUUGGUCUUGCUUUCUGGCAGGGUAUUCACAUGCUCUCCAAGGGAGAAAUCACCAGCUCUGGUGACAUCUUUACGGUGCUGCUCUCUGUUGUGAUUGCUGCUGUCAACUUGACCCAGCUUGCCCCGUAUUCGAUCGACUUUAGCCGCGCCAUGUCUGCUGGAGGACAGCUCUUCGCCCUCAUCGACCGCCAAUCUGCCAUUGACCCUCUCGACAAGUCGGGCGAGAUUCCGUCCGAGACUGUCGGCCAUGUUGAGUUGGAGAACAUCACCUUCGCCUAUCCCACUCGGCCAGACACCACCGUGUUGGAGAACUUCUCGCUCAAGGUUCCUGCGGGCAAGGUCACCGCUUUGGUUGGACAAUCGGGUUCUGGAAAGAGCACAAUUGUCGGUCUUAUCGAGAGAUGGUACAACCCCAAGUCUGGUAUAAUUAAGCUGGAUGGUCGUCCUAUUGACCAGCUCAACCUGAACUGGCUUCGCAAGAAUGUCCGUCUCGUACAACAGGAGCCUAUCCUCUUUGAGGGAUCUGUAUUCGACAACAUCAAGCAUGGAUUGGUUGGAACAGAGUGGGAAAAUGCCCCUGCGGAGCAACAGAUGGAACGAAUCCAGGAGGCCGCCAAGAUGGCAUUUGCCCACGACUUCAUCACCGAGCUGCCAGACGGUUAUAACACCCAAAUCGGACAACGCGGUGGACUGCUCUCUGGUGGCCAAAAGCAGCGAGUCGCCAUUGCUCGAAGCGUCGUCUCACAGCCCAAGGUUCUCCUUCUCGACGAGGCCACGAGUGCCCUCGACCCCCAUGCCGAGAGCGUCGUCCAGCAGGCCCUUGAUCGGGCAUCUGAGGGCCGUACCACUAUUGUCAUCGCUCACAAGCUCGCUACUAUUCGCAAGGCCGACAACAUCAUCGUCAUGUCCAAGGGUGCCAUCAUUGAGCAGGGUACUCACGAGUCCCUCAUCGCCGACGAUGGUGCCUAUGCUGGACUUGUCAAGAUUCAGAACCUCGCCGUUUCUGGUGCCGCUUCCACAAUCUCUACUGAGGUUGAAGAGGCCGAGUCUGAGGCUGCCGAGGAUUCCAUUGAGGCUUCUAAGACGCUCACCAAGUACGAAUCUCAUGUUGAGCAGCGGAUGGAGAGCCAGAAGGAGCGCGACAAUUUUGACAACCACAAGGGAGCGGGCUUCGUCUCGAUUGUUUUCCGACUUAUUCGCGAGAGUCCCGAGAUGGCCUGGUCUUACUUUUUCGUCUUGGCUGGAGUCCUGGGAGGAGUCGCCGCCUUUCCUGGACAAGCCUUCCUGCUCGCCAGCAUGGUGGAUGUCUUCACCUUGACAGGUUCUCACCAGAGAGAGCGCGGCGACUUCUUUGCCUCCAUGUUCAUCGUCUUGGCUGCCGGCCUCUUCUUCUCCUACUUUGCUCUCGGUUAUGCUACUAACAACAUUGCCCAUUUUCUGAGCCACAAGUUCCGAAAGCAGAGUCUCCAUGAUAUGCUUCGCCAGGACCUUCAGUUCUUUGACCGAAAGGAGAACAACACUGGUGCCUUGGCCAGCCGUGUCGACUCCAACCCCCAGUCUGUCUUGGAACUGAUGGGAUUCAACAUUGCUCUCAUCCUGAUUGCGGUCCUCAACCUGGUUGCCUGCAGUAUCUUGGCUAUUGUCUACAGCUGGAAGCUUGGUUUGGUUGUUGUCUGCGCUGGACUCCCGCCCUUGGUCAGCUCCGGUUACCUCAAGAUUCGCAUGGAUGCCAAGCUGGAUCGUGAUACUUCGAAGCGGUACUCAACAAGCGCGUCUAUCGCCUCUGAAGCCGUUACCGCUAUCCGGACUGUCUCAUCAUUGGCCAUCGAGGAGUCAGUUUUGAACCAGUAUGUCGAUGAGCUGAACCACGCCGUCUCUGGCUCCAGGAACGACCUCUUCCGAAUCAUGAUCUUCUUUGCCCUCACACAAUCCAUCGAGUAUUGGUUCCAGGCCCUUGGUUUCUGGUACGGCUGCCGCUUGCUCUCCUACGGCGAUGUCUCCAUGUACAACUUCUUUGUCGCUUUCCUGGGUGUCUUUUAUUCAGGCCAGGCCUCAGCCCAGCUCUUCCAGUUCUCGACCAGUAUGACCAAGGGAAUCAACGCUGCCAACUACAUCUUCUGGCUGAAUCAGCUCCAGCCUACUGUUCAGCCAACGCCUGAGAACCGCGACAACAGCCCCAAGCCGGGAAGCUCUGUUGCUAUCCACGACGUUCGUUUCUCUUACCCACUUCGACCUCAUGCGCAUGUCCUCCGCGGCAUUGACCUGGAAGUCAAGCCUGGACAGUUCGUGGCUUUGGUCGGUGCCUCUGGGUGCGGCAAGUCUACCAUGAUUGCCAUGCUGGAGCGAUUCUACGAUCCGUCUAGCGGAACCAUCAAGAUUGGCGACAUGGAUCUUCCCGAUAUCAACCCGCGCCUCUACCGCCGCAUCAUUGGUCUCGUUCAGCAAGAGCCGACUCUGUUCCAGGGAACUAUCCGAGAGAACAUUGCCCUUGGUAUCGAUGACCCCGCUACCGAGGACAAGGACCCUGCCUCUUCAGUGUCGGAUGAAAAGAUCGAGGCAGCUCUUCGUGCUGCCAACGCCUGGGACUUUGUUUCAUCCCUCCCUGACGGUCUUAACACACAGGCUGGCUCGAACGGCGCGCAGCUAUCUGGAGGUCAACGACAGCGAAUCGCCAUCGCUCGAGCUCUCAUCCGAAACCCCAAGAUUCUCUUGCUCGACGAGGCCACCAGUGCCCUCGACACAGAGAGUGAGAAGAUCGUGCAGGGAGCUCUCGCCGAGGCAGCAAAGGAAGGAGACCGCAUCACCAUCGCCGUCGCUCACCGGCUGAGCACGAUCAAGGACGCCGACAAGAUCUGUGUCUUCCUCGGCGGCAAGAUCGCAGAGGUGGGAACACACCAGGAGUUGAUUGCACAGGGCGGGUUGUAUCGGAAGAUGUGUGAGGCACAGGCUCUGGACAGCUAA